AUGAAGUUUACCUACAUUAUGACAAUUGCUUUUGCUGUAGCAACUGUUUCUGCAAGAUUUACUUACACGCCAGCAAUAGCUGAUAUUGACACUACUUUCAAUAAAGCCCCUCUGACAGCAAGAGACAACAAUUAUCGAAUUGAUGAAUAUCGCAUUACUGAUGCUUAUGAUCGUAACAAAAAGGUAGUUGCUGAUGCUAUUCGCCGCCGAGCUUACCGUAAUCAACUUCUCAACCGUCGUUUUGAGCAAACUGACGAUGAAGAGGAAGAUGAAGAAGAAGAGGAUGAAGAGGAAAAUGAUGAAGAAGAGCCAGAUGAAGGAAGUGGCAGCAGUUCAUCCAUUGUAAGCGCAGUAGUUGCAAAAGCAGUUGACGGUUCAUCAUCCGGUGAUGCAGGCAGUGUUGUUACUCAAGGAACAGAUCUAUCGUCAGCAUUAUUAAAACGCCAAAAUGGUCCUAAUGCAUUGUCACAUCCUUCAGUUACUGCAGAAGUUGAAGAUGAAGAAAACGAAGACAAAAACGAAAUAGAUGAAGAAGAGCCCGAAGAUGAAGACAGUGAUUCAACAAUAUCAUCAACCACUGAUAAAAAUAAAGUAGUUGACGAUAAACACAGCCUUAUGAAGCGAUGCAAUGACAAGAAGCACAAGCAUAAGAAGAAUGGUGAUCAAAAUAAAACCAACGGAAAUAAUUCGGAUGAAAAAAAUGUAAAUGAUACAGACCACGAUGCUCAUAAGGAUGAUUCUACGGACAAUGACGGUAAUAACGACACAGAAGAAGACGUUAAUUAUGUUGCUGAACAGGACGAACAAGAUAAUGAUGGCAAAUUAGCUGACAAUGACGAUGACAACAAAGAGAUUGAUUACUCCCAUGAUCUUGUCGGGUAUGAUGAAGAUGUGAAUGAAAAGGGAAAGAAGAAAUGUAACUGCAAGAUUACUAAGAAGGCCGGGAAAGUCAAAACUGCUGAUUUUAGUGAUUUAACUAAGGAAACCUCUGUUAGCAAUGACGAACGUGAUGUUUAUGAAGUUGAGGAUCCUGAUGAACAGGCAACAAAAGAAGAUGAAAAAUUAGCAUUGGAUUACGAAGAAGAUUUGGAAAGCGAAGAGCCGGCAUCAGAAUAUGAAAAGAUAACACUAGAGGACGAAGAGACAAGCGACCUUGAACUUAUCCUUGACUAUGAGAAAUAUGUAAAAGAUAGCCAAAUUGAAGGGGUGUCCGAGAAUAAUGGAGACCUUCUAGCCGAUAAAGAUGUACAGGAAGAUGCAGACGUUCAAACAGAAGGUAACAGCUUAGAAAAUGACGAUAUGUGUUCUGAAGAUGGCAGUGAUGAUGAGGGAAACAAUGACGAAAACGAAGACGAAGAUGAAGAUGAAGAUGAAGAUGAAGACGAGGAUGAGGAAGAGGAAGAGGAAGAGGAGGAUGAGGAAGAGGAAGAAGAGGAUGAAUAA